ACAGGGCACAGAAGGGUUCUGAAGCUUCUGGGUUCUGCAGUCCAAGCUCCAGGCAAGUCUCUCCUCCACCAAGACCAUGAGGCUCUGCAUGACCGUCCUCUCCUUCCUCGUGCUCGCAGCUGCUUUCUGCUCUCUGGCACUCUCAGCACCAAUGGGCUCAGACCCUCCCACUGCCUGCUGCUUCUCUUACACCCUGCGGAAGCUUCCUCGCAACUUCGUGAUCGAUUAUUAUGAGACCAGCAGUCUCUGCUCCCAGCCAGCUGUGGUAUUCCAAACCAAAAAGGGCAGGCAGGUAUGCGCCAACCCCAGUGAUCCCUGGGUCCAGGAGUACAUGGAUGACCUUGAACUGAACUGAGCUGCUCUGAGGCCGGGGCAAGUGUUCUGCAGGAAAGAUCACCUGAGCCCAACACUUCUCAGCAAGACGCACCCUCUCCACAUUCACGACCCCUCCCAGUAGUCCCUGUUCCUUCUCUUAAUUUAAUCUUUAUUAUGUACUAUGUUAUUAUUAUUGUAUUUGGUGUUGUUUCCCACUAUUUAUGUUUGUUUUGCCAAAGGACAUGUGUCCCCCAUGGGGAUGGUCCACCAUCACUGUUUCUCUGCUAUUGCGGAUACAUGGAUAAUGCAAUUGAGUCCAAGUGUUAAUAAAAUUUUUUAAAAAU